UAGCAUUAUGUCAGGUAAUGGUAUAUAUCUAGUUUUUUUUUUUUAUGUUUUAGCUUUAUUUUUUUCCAUGAAGAUUACAGAAAUCAAUUGUGAUGUUCUAGAGUACCUUGAUCCUCCAACCCUCCCUGACGUCACAUUUUGUCCCAGAAAUGUAACUCAAAUCCACCAAAGGUUGCAGUUCCUCAAAAGACCACUGGAGGCAGGUUUCAAAAAUGAAUCAUUUUCCAUUUAAUGUUACAAUGUCUGACGGGACACUAAAACUACAUUUACAGUCUGCUGUCAAAAUCGUUCAAUAUUUUUUCAACCAAGAUUUUUUUUUCUGACAGCUUCUCAAAGGAGCAAUGGCGUCAUCAGCAGUUGCCAUAGCAACCACCAUCAGCUCGUCAACUGGUUCGACCGGCGCGUGCGUGUCAGGAGGCGAAGAGGGGCGGGAUUUGGUGCUCCUAGAGGUAGAUGCGCACAGUCAGGUCCGGGUCCGGAUUCCGCCACCGCGGCCUUUUGGAGGAGCGCGCGGAGGAGGAGAGGAGGUCGGAUCGCUGAAGGAGGUGCUGGUUGAAGCGGGAGAUGGAUCUAUGAUGAACGGGCUGCAGAUGCAGCAUCCUUUUCAUCCGGGAGGUAUGACAGCAACGCAGCCGCUGAUGAUCAUCCCAGCCAGGUCCCGCUUUCUCGCUCCUCCUCCUCCUCCUCUGCGGAGGAAGAUGGAGCAGAAAAGGAGCGAACUGGUUUGACAGAGCGCUGAAUGGGACCUCCAGAUCCUCAUCCAUGGAUUGGCCUGUUAGCUCGGCCUUGCGGGGCAGCAACUCCACAUCUGAGUCGGUGGGUGUUCGUCUCAUCAACCAGCUGAGCACCGCUUCACCUGCGUUGCCCAGGGUGGUUUCCAUAGUGACCAGCCUGAUGACGGCCACCACAAAGACCUCUCCACCUUCAGGAAACCUGACAGCGCUCAAAGAGCAGAGAGAUGGCGACGCCGGGACCCAUCAGACGUCCACUGUGCCGGUCCUGACUUUUGCGGAGACCAGCUCAGCUCUGCAGGGAGCCGUCGUGGCGGCUCAGGCCCUGGUGCUGCUCUCCAUCUUCAUCCUGUCCAGCCUGGGUAACGCAGCAGUGAUCAUCGUCAUCAUCAAACACAGACAGCUGUGGACCGUGACCAAUGCGUUCAUCAUGUCGCUGUCUCUGUCAGACUUCCUCACCGCCGUUCUUUGCCUGCCCUUCUCCUUUGUCAUGCUCUUCAGUAAGGACGGCGUCUGGAUGUUUGGAGAUGCAUUCUGUGUGGCCAAUGGAUUCUUCAACACUUGUUUUGGCAUCGUCUCCACUCUCACCAUGACUCUGAUCUCCUUUGACAGGUACUAUGCCAUCGUCAAGCAGCCGCAGGCUAAAAUUGGGCGUCAGAGAGCAACUCAGUUGCUGGUGGCUGUUUGGUUAACGGCCGUUUUUUUCUCUCUGCCCUGGUAUCUGUUCGUUCAUAGACCGACACAAGUGCACAAAAAAGGUUUUUACCACUGCAUGUACGUGUUCCACUCGGGUAGCUCUGGCAUGGGGGCACUUUACAGCAUCUGCCUCAUCCUGGUGUGCUACCUGCUGCCCUUUUCCCUCAUGUGCUUUUGCCAUUACAACAUCUGUAAAACUGUUCGCCUCUCUGAGAUCAGGGUGAGGCCUGUGACCACCUAUGCAUACCUGCUGCGAUUUUACAGUGAGAUGAGGACAGCCACCACAGUGCUCAUCAUGAUUGUCUUCAUCAUUGUUUGCUGGGGGCCAUACUGUCUGAUGGGGUUGGUCACAGCAAUCGGAGGCUACUCUUUCAACUCCGCCAUGGACACAGUGGCUAUUUGGUUAGCCUGGGCCAAUGGAGCCAUCAACCCCCUGAUCUAUGCUGUAAGAAACCCCAACAUCUCCAUGCUGCUGGGGCGCAGCAGAGAGGAGGGCUAUCGGACUGCACACCUCUCCAGCCAGAGCCAGAACCGGGAGGUUCGGCUGAACCAAGCGGUGAGGAUCAAGGACAGGUACAUGAGCAGACCUGGGAUGAACAACUGCAGCCGGCUAUCCAGUUCAAGUCCCGGAAAAACCGGAGGGGCAGGAGAUGUAGCAAUGUGGGCACACAGGAACCCUACAGUCUUCUUCUGCCGGGACGCCCAGCAAGACACGGCAGUGCAGCCCCACACUGCCGGGGCGCCAAAGACUAAGACGGCUGACACCAGCCUGUGAAGAGCUGAGGCCAUGAGGAAAACAAGGCUGCAUCCUCACCCGGACUGUUCUCUCGAGACUACUUGGUUGGUUCUAUUCAGGACCUUUGUCUGGUUUUAACGUCUUUGUCUCUUUGGAUUUACGCUGCUUAUUUAUCAGUCAGAGAGUCAGAAAUAGCUGAAGUUCUCGGCUCAGCAGGACUGUACACACUGGAAAAACUGAAGAUGAGAUUUUUGAACUGUUUGGUGUCAGCAGAAGACUGGUAGGAUUCCUAUUUCAGUCUACUGUGAUCAGUCUACUCAUGAAUCAAAGGAGCUGAAAACGUUUAAGUGCCAGAUCCACAGCAGGUAGUGUCAAGGGGCUUAAGGAAACUAAAACAAAAAGCAUUGAACAUUAAACCGUUACCACCGGA